AGCGGCGUUUUCAGAGAGCGUAACAGACAAAAGUUGUUCUCUCUGCGCGCUGUUUGUUGCUGCAACCGGUCGAUUUUUUACAGUUUGUUUUUAAAAACGCAGGAACAUGGACAUGCACAGGCUGAUCGCUGAGGUUAGGCGGAUGCCAGCCCUGUGGGACUCCUCGCAUCCGGACCACGCCAACCGCCUGGAGACGCAGCGGCUGUGGAACAACGUGGCGGAGGUCUUGGGCUGUAACGUGGACCUGUGUCGUGCCAAAUGGAAGAAUCUACGCUGCAGCUAUCGCCGGCACACCCGGCGGCAGAGCCUGUCCAAGCAGCAAUCAUCACCAUCUCCGGUCCACCAGUGGUCCUAUGCGGAGGAAAUGGACUUCCUUGGCAAUCUGCAGCGCACCGACAGCAGCAACAACGAGGAGGAGGACGGGGAUGUGAAGGAGGAAGCGGGGUCCGACUCCGACAUGUCGUUCAAGAGAGAGCCGCUGCCGGCGGACGAAAUGGAGGCGGACAAUGACGCACUGAUGCAGGAAUUCCAGAACAUGGCCACCCCACAGGCCAUGCGCCGGCUCUCGCAGAGCAUUUCCCUGGCCAGUGCCGCCGCCGAGGAGCGGUCCAUGCCGCAACAAGCCGCCCCUUCUCCGUGCAACAGCGCAUUUGGACUGGGGCAGAUGCAAAUGCAGGGAUUGGGACAAGGACUAGGACACGGGCUUGGACACGGACUUGGUCACGGACUUGGCCACGGACUUGGCUUGGGCAUGGGAACUGCCAUGGCAGCGGCGGCCGCCAGCAGUUGCCACUGUGCUAAGCGCGUGGACGAGCAGGUAGACUUUCUGGAGAGCCUGAAACGCGAGGAGCAACAGUUGAUGCAGUCCACCAGCCAAGACCUGGCGCGCUGCAAGAAUGUGCUGCAUGUGGGUGACUCGGACUAUAAUUACCUGAUCAGCUUUAUGCCGCUGAUGAAGCAAAUGACGCCCAUCCAGAACGUUUUCUUUCGGGCCAAGAUGGGAGAACUCCUGCUGCAGACGAUGCAGCAACAGCCCCCAGUGCACCUUCAACAGCAACAGCAGAUGAUGCUGCAACAGCAGCAACGCCAGCAGCAGCAACAACAAGAGGAACCACAGCCCUCGCAAAUGUUAUUGAACCAGCAGCAGAUGGCCUUGGACCAGGCGGAAUUGCAGUAACAUUCGCGAGUGCAGCGAAUAGUGGGAGAGGGAAACAGCAAGACAGCGAGUGAGAGAGAGAGAUACAAAGAGAGCGCACCAGUUGAAUGCGCCUGUCUGUUAGGUGCACUGUGGUUACAAAGUAGAGAUUAUGUUUGUAUACAUAUGUUGUAGAUGUCGAAUUUAAGAAUAAAUACUCGUAAAUGUAUGGUAUAUUUCUAAA